CUAAAAUUGCUGUUCAGAUUUUUCAACUGUGUUUUCUCAUGCUUUGUCUUUAGUAAUUGGUAGGGACUAAUUAGUAUCCACUCCAUGUCAAACAACCACCACCCUGUUAGAAAUAUUCCAACUAAACACCAUUUUUAUUGUUUCUUGUUAAGCCAUCAUUUUUAGCUUGUCUUAAUCAUUGCAUGGUGGGGUGUUAUUUUAUUCUGUUGUGUAUAGAUUCUUCAUGGAAUGAGACGUCUGAAAUCUGGUAGCAUAUAUAAUGGGAAGAGGGGCGUAGAUACUCAAUCAAAUUGUGUCGUGAUGAAGGCGUGGGAGGCAACUGUACGCAAGACACAAGCUGCUGCAAAGAGAAGAGCCAAUACCAUUUUUGGUACAACUUAUGUAGCUCAUGCUAGCGACGACGAAAGUGAGGUACCUGCAGAGCCUCAGAGUCAGCCGGUUGGAGAUGUUUAUCAUGCCGAAAGAUUUCUACCUAAUGGUGAUUAUUACACGGGACAAUGGGCUGAAAAUUUUCCUCAUGGCAAUGGGAAAUACUGGUGGACUGAUGGAUGCAUGUAUGUUGGUGAGUGGUGCAGAGGCAAGACUAAUGGGAAAGGUCUUUUCAGCUGGCCUUCAGGGGCUAUAUAUGAAGGGCAAUUUAAGAAUGGAUUUAUGGAUGGUGAAGGUAUUUAUUCGGCCCCCAAUGGGGACAUGUAUAGGGGUAACUGGAUCAUGAAUUUGAAGCAUGGUUAUGGCAAUAAAGAGUACUCCAAUGGGGACACGUACGAGGGUGAUUGGUGUCGUGGGGUGCAGGAAGGCAAGGGGAAGUAUCAGUGGAAGAAUGGGAAUUGUUAUAACGGAGAAUGGAGGAAUGGAAUGAUUUGUGGGAAAGGGAAGUUGCAGUGGGCUAAUGGGAAUUCAUAUGAUGGAAGUUGGGAAGAUAAUUUGCCCAAAGGGAAUGGUACAUUGAAAUGGCCUGAUGGAAGUUUUUAUGUUGGGAAUUGGAAUAAAGAUCCGAAGGAACAAAACGGGAAUUAUUAUCCAUCAGGUUCUUCUAUAGUGGAUGGAAAUGUGGAGUGGGAUCCUCAACAAGUGUACAAUGGGGAUUUGCAGGAAAUUGUGAUUUGUCCUAAUGAGAAAGUUCCGAUUUGGCCAUCUCAGAAGAAGCUGGCUGUUUGGAGGUCUUCUAAGGGUGUGGAUCCAACUGCAAGGCCUCGAAGAAUGUCUGUUGAUGGAAGGCUUGAGGCCACUUCUGAUAGUACAUUUGAUAGAAGUUCCAGAGGGUCCAGAGAAGAUGUUUCCUUGACACUUGAAGAUUUAAGUACAAGAGGCAGUCCUAUAAGGAUCCCAAAAGUUAUCAAAAAACAAGGAGAGACUAUCAGUAAAGGGCAUAAAAAUUACGAGCUCAUGCUUAACUUGCAGCUGGGGAUCAGGCAUUCUGUAGGAAGACCAGGUCCGCCUCCGUCGCUAGAUUUGAAGGCUUCGGCUUUUGAUCCGAAAGAAAAAGUCUGGACAAGGUUCCCCCCUGAGGGAUCGAAGUACACCCCGCCACAUCAGUCCUGUGAAUUUAGAUGGAAAGAUUACUGUCCAUUAGUUUUCAGGACUCUGAGGAAAUUGUUCAAGGUAGAUGCAGCUGAUUAUAUGUUAUCUCUUUGUGGUAAUGAUGCCCUUCGAGAGCUCUCUUCUCCUGGUAAAAGUGGUAGUUUUUUCUACUUGACAAACGACGACCGCUACAUGAUCAAGACAAUGAAAAAAUCAGAAGUAACAGUGCUCUUAAGGAUGUUGUCAGCGUAUUAUAAUCACUUCCGUUCAUACGACAACAGUCUAGUGACCAAGUACUAUGGACUACACUGUGUGAAGUUGAAUGGCCCUGCACAGAGGAAGGUGCGGUUCAUCAUCAUGGGGAAUCUUCUGUGUUCUGAUUACACAAUCCACAGGCGAUUCGACCUCAAGGGCUCGUCCCUGGGUCGUAUGACAGAUAAGCCAGAAUCAGAGAUUGAUGCCAACACAAUCCUUAAGGAUCUUGAUCUCAACUUCUUAUUCCGUCUACAGAAAACCUGGUUACAAGACUUUCGAAGGCAAAUCGAAAAAGAUUGUGAGUUCCUUGAACAGGAGAGGAUUAUGGACUACAGCCUGUUGGUCGGGCUUCACUUCAGAGAACCAGCAAGCGCUGGUGACCUCAUUCCCUCUGGAUCACGAACACCUACUGAGAAUGGGGGCCCGGACUCUGAUUCAGUCUCUCGGCUUUCUAAAGCAGACAUGGAUCAGCUUCUUAUGGACCCUUCAGGGUGGGGUAGUAUCAAACUGGGAGAGCAUAUGCCAGCAAGGGUCGAAAGAACAGAAAGAAGAGAAGAGUUGCAGCUAAUAGGCGAGCCAACAGGAGAGUUUUACGACGUUGUGAUGUUCUUUGGAAUCAUAGACAUUCUCCAAGACUACGACAUCACCAAGAAACUGGAGCAUGCAUACAAGUCCAUUCAGUAUGAUCCAACGUCAAUUUCAGCAGUGGAUCCCAGACAAUAUGCAAAGCGUUUUCGUGAUUUUAUUUUGAGAGUUUUCGCAGAAGAUGAAUGAUAUAGAUUGAGCCACACAUCUUACUGUAUAUUUCAGGAGUUAAGUCAGCACCAGCUACCGAUUUGCCAAGGUGUACAGAGGAGGAUGAGGAUUCUUAGAGCCACCAAGGGUCGGGUCUUUCGAGCCUCUGAAUUUUAACUAAAGUAUAUUCUUUCUUGGUAUAGUCUCCUUAUGAAUAAUAUUCAUUGUAGAUAGAAACUGUAUUUCAUACCGGCCUGAAACCAGUACACCACUUUUACAAGA